ACGCUAAUAAAUUCCGAAACGAUGACUCAGAGAAAAAUUUGCGGAUGUAUCUGAUACACAAAAUUGAGUCAGACUAGGGUCCGAGGUCGUAUUAUGAAACACCGCGGUUGCACUGGACUCGUGGUGAUAAAUACUGGCACACGGAAAGUGCUGGCGUAAACAAAGGUAAAGCACACGUGAUGUGCCUUGAAUCGAAUGGUUGAUUGGGGAUUAGUGGUGGACAGAUCGGCAUUGUUGAUGCACGUUUCAAGUGAUGGCGGUGGAAGGAUCGAGUGCACGGGGACAAUCGAGGAAAUUGGAGAAACGGGAGUUGAGUGAGUCUGCACCGAAUCUCGAUAUCGGAAGUGUUGGGGAAAUGGCACCUGCCGUCGAAGUUGGUGGUGCGAACGAGGGGCUGCGGAGGGGGCACAGCUUGAGGUUGACCGCAGCUGAUGUACAUGACGAUCCAGGUGGGCCACUCCGUCGAGGCGGUUCACUGAAUCUCCGUCAGACUAAAAUUGAUAGUAAUCACUUGUUAGUCCCGACGAAUAUCGUGAAGGGCAUACAAGUGGACAGGACCAAGGAAACCCUGACCUCCGGCCGGCGUCCAGCUAGAUACACCCCACCUGCGUUAACAGCACCUGCGCCUCAGCAUCUCGCUGUUAAUUUACUCCAGCUCGGAUGUCCCCUGGUUUACAUGCCUAGACCACGUGGAGGAGUUGGUUCGGAGCAUCAGCCACCCAGUAGCGACAGCGAUGACUCCAUUACCUAUAAUCAGGGCCGCUACCGGUCGCGCGAAGGUCAUGUCCACGGUGGUGGCCCUCCUAUAGCGGAGGGAUACGGGCUGCCGAAGGUUCAGGUAUCAGCUCCUACAGGAUCUGAGGCUGCCAACAUUAACGGGUCUGCUGGAUCUAUAGGAGCUCGUUCUGCGCCCAGUACUCCCCUUCAGGCUGUAGGUAGCACCCAGCAUUCAGUUCAGGAUAAACAUUUUCAACAAUCAUCGGCAAGUGGUUCUCAGUUAACAGUUGGAGCAAAUCAUGCAGCACCUCCGCGAAGCCCCAGCCAUACAACAUUACAGAAAUGUAACGACAGCCAAUUGUCAAAGCCCCUAAGCAGAAGCACUCCGUCAAUGACUGGUGGGUCGCAAGCUCCAGCUGUAACUGCUAAAUCAUCCACGAGAUCACCGACAUCCACCAGCAGUGCAAGACAAAAAAAAUUUCACCGCCAUUUCACGCAGUCCUCGAAAUUUCAUGAUCAGGUAGCACCGGAUGAGCGAGUUCUGAACUACUACAGCUGCGCUCUAGUAGGCGACAUUCUCCUCCAGGGACACCUGUACAUAACACCUAACUACUUCGCCUUCUACAGUAAUGUUUUCGGCUACGUCACAAAAUUAUUAAUCCCAACAGUAUCAGUACGCAAGAUAAGUAAAGAAAAAACAGCGAGAAUCAUCCCAAAUGCAAUAGCAGUUGCAACUGACGAGGAAAGACACGUGUUCUGUUCCUUGUUGUCAAGGGACUCCACGUUCAAGUUGAUGAAGCAAGUGUGGGAUGCUGCUAUUGAGGGGAGUCAGCCACCUGACGAACCACUACCAGUCGAGGCGAAAUUACUGACACCGGAAACAUUGCUGGUCGAUGAUUCCGAGGUCAAUCCUGAGGAGGAUGACUCCAGCAUGUCGGAGAGUGGGACUGAUCUCAACUCCAGGCCAACAACUGUUUGCACUGAUGAUACUGAUGGGAUAACACCCACUAUACCUAGGCCAAUCUCGCCACCACCAAAAUUGGAUCUGAUGACUCAAACAACAGUAUCACCAGCUAAAGUAGGAAUAUUGAGAUCAAUGUUGAGAUAUCAACUGAAACCCACAACAAUGAUAGCGAUUUUAAUUGGACUACUGGCAGCACUCUAUAUAUCAGCUGCUCUUAUGAUGGUUAGAAUUGAUAAGCUUCACAAUGCCUAUCUAAAUCAUCCCCUGGCAUCCCCUGAAAAAUUCACCCACGAUCGAUUGCUGCAUUAUCUCAACACAAAUCUUGACCAGGUUGUCAAGGUUCGACAAAGUUUGCAGACAUUGUCCCAACAAUUCGUGAAAAUGGGCCAGGAUAAUGAUCAUCACCAGAGAGCAGGUGAUAAUAAAGAAUCUGAAGGUGCCCCGAGUUAGCCCUUUAAAUGGUCCUCAGAUAUCGUAAAAAUUCCACAGAUUAAUCAUAAGAAUUCCCUUCACCUCGCUAGCGUAUGAAACGCCUCAUUUAUUAUUCUAUCACAAUGAAAUAAUAAUAAUCAUAAUUCUGUACGUGAUAAUACCUGCGUUCUUACCAAGGGGACUUACCCGCAGAGUGAUUGAAAAAUUACAAAUAACAAAAAAAAAAAAACAUGCUCAAUUGGAGUUAUGCAGAAAAAUGAUUUGGGCUUUGGUAAAUCAGGCGCUCUGUGGUACCUCCUAGGAGUCAUUAGGACCUAGGGUUCCUCAUGGGAUCGACGUAGGUUAAUAAGAAAAAAAGAGUAUAAGACGAUUUUAAAAAGACAUGAAGAUAAACCUAGGCAAUUAGGUUGCUUCGCAGAACCAAGACAUAAUUCAAUUUUAAAAAUAUGAGAUUUAACUGUUUAUUGAGAGUAAGUGGGGGAAAUUAUUCAGGGGAGAAUACUUUUUUGGACUGCAAUAGUUAUUUCUUAGGUUUUUACAGCUAGUCAAUGCGCACUUAGUAAUUAAAGGUCUUUUUAUGAUUAUGUACAGAUAGAAACAUUGACAGCUAGUCAACAUUAACAGAAAAUAUCGAUUAAGUGAUUCUUGUCUUGUUUGUUUUUUUUAAUUAUAUGCAACCAUUUAUUGUCCAGAAAGAGAAGUGUUUUUUUUUUGCAUUGAAAACUAACAAAAAAUAUUCAAAAUGCGAAGUUGAACACGAUUUAAUGUUCAGGCAAAGGCGAUCGAUAUGAAGAACUUCGGAUUUCGUAUUCAAAAAAACUGAAAUUAAUUUCUUUGCUCCAGUUUUUUCCGUUCUAUGGACAAAAAUUCAGAAGCAAAGGCACGAAAAAAUAAUGGUACUCGAAGUUAAUGAACAUUUUGAACGUAAAAAAAUUCCCCCGCUUACUUGAUCGUUCCUACUAGUCCAAGAAAGAAUACAAAUUACAAAAAAGUAACCCCACAGAGGAAUCAACUUUACAAUACUUCUCCCAGAAUCAAUCAGUACUUUCGAUUGAGAUUUACGCAUUAUUUGGUGAGUGAGGGGAGGCUGAGGAAGGAUAAGGGGCUGCUAAAAAAUAAAUCUAAAAAAAUAUGUGAAGGCGAUUGACUGUGAUACCAUAUGAUUGAGAAUUAAAAACAUAACAAUUAAUUUCUGACACAAAUUGUGAGUGUCUGGUCCCGUUGCGCGUCCACGGUUCGACAAAAAUUAAUUGAGAUUCCAAUGACGUUGAUUAACAUCUAACGUAUCGUUUUCACAGGAUGUUAAAAUUUAUUACAAAAUUAGAGGGUUAGACAAAUAGAAUUUAAGGAAAAUAUGAAUGAAAAUUGAAAAAAAAAUUGAAAUAGGAAGUUCAUUGUGCAUAAUUAUUGUCAUGAAAAUCUAAUCAAUUAUCAGUGAUGACUAUUUUGGAAAUAUAAUGACAGAACUGAUGAUAAUCGUGGGCAAGCUCUGGGGUGGAGACUGACAAAUGUAAAAGGUUUAAGUGAUGUUGUAUUGAUUGAUACGACAAAUCAAUAUAAUUGAAUACGUUUCAAUAAGAAGUGUAAUGUAACCAUUAUUUUAUGUGUUGUUUAAUUUUUGUUUCGUUUAUUAUUAGUAGCUGUGUAUGUAGGGGAGAGGUAGAAAGAGAUGAACUAGAGCUCGGAUACUUCUUCAAACCCAUCAAUUGGAAGGAAAAAUGCCUACUGACAAUCUCAUUUUCUCGAAAUUUAUGAGUUUGCAGACAACUGCAAAAUGACAUGAGCAUCUGCUUUACAAUCGUCUCUUUCUACCCUUCAAUUAAUUAUUUUAUUUCCAUUAGUGUAAUUACUCGGGAUUAACUGCUAUAAUUGUCUGACUUGGACACAACCUAAUUUUUUCGUCAUGCAAUUUGAGCGAAUGUUAUGCUACGUGUUUCGUUUAAGUAAUUGGUACUUUUGGAGUGAUAACAGCACUAUGGAAAUUCUUUAGUGAGCGAUUAUUGCGAUAACAGAGGUAUAAUAAGGAUAAUGAAUAUUGUUAUUUUAGUUUUCCAGGGAACCUGGAAGGUUUUGUUAGUGUUUAUGGAGUUUGCGUGUAAUUAAUUCGAUAAGAUUAGGACCUAGGAACUGAGGUAAUUGAAAAUGAAUCAAAAAAUAUCGAGAAUUCAGUCUUAAUCUGAAUUUCAAAUUUUUGAUCAUAAUUCAAUUGUGUGCGCUACCUGCUCGAUUGGAAAUGCUAUUUUCUGUUAAGCUAUUCGGAGAAAAUUAUAAAAAAUCUCACAUCACAGAUUUACGAUGGAAAAAUAUUCCGCAAUGGAAUAUUAAAAAGUUGAUGAAAAAAUUUAUGAAUUUAACUACAGCCCGUUAUCGCAAAUCGUUUAGAGACCAAUAAAUUAUUCCAAUUGAUCGUUGUUAUGUAUGUUGAUUUCGUAUUUACGAGCUACUUGCCUUAAGUGUAAUGUUUUUAGAGAGAGAAGAGAGAUUCAAGAAAUGGGUGCUCAGUACACAGACCAUUUCUCUCUAGACUAUGCUCCAUUCUGUUUUUUUUUUUAUUCAAUUAGUACUACCUAUUUUCGAUCAUAUGUCAGGAGUUCCAAUUAUUGUCAAUUUAUUUUCUGCACAAUGGAAUCAAUUGUUCAGUUUUUGGACUGAAGAUUGAAUAAUCAUCGAAGAAAUCCGAGUCAAUUCACAACUACUCAAUUAUGAAAGAAAAAAUUUAAGAAAAUAUAAAUUAAGAAAUAAAGCUGAAUAAACCGGAAGAAUCAUAAUAAUUCAAACAACGCCAAUUAGUUGCUCAUUUGCGAGCAAAAAAUCGGAGACAAUAAUUGGAACUCAGAUUAACUAAAAAUAAUAAAUAAUGAUGAGCUCGUUCGAAGGGAUCAUUCUGAAAUGAUACGGAUGAUCUGAUAAGAAAGGUCACAUCACAAGGGAAUUACAGACAGACCAAUAAUUUAUUACGUAAUGUGUGUAGGCAAUACACAGUGCGACACAAUAAAAUCGUGAAUGAAGUCAAU